AUGCGAAACAGGCCCCGUCGAAACAGGCCCCAACGGUCCGUCGACGACGGACCCAACCAAGUUGCGCGCGACCCCGACCAUACAACGGGACCGCACCCAACCACAGCCGACCCACAGCACAACAUCAGACGCAUCGACCACUUCGACCCCAGGCUCAACCCACCUACGAGCCAGGCGAUGUACCACAUGACAGACCACUCGCGGAACCCUAGGGACCUCCCCGUCUAUGAGAGGCAACCCCCUUCCAGACCCGCCGCGGCACAUCGAGACAUAAAAUACGAGACGCACGGCUACCAAACCCAUAGACCCGGACUGACCGCGGACCACGGCGAACAACGGCCGGCGACCCGCCAAUGGGACGGUCAACAGUACCACCCGGACUAUAGAGGACGCGACGCCCACUACACGCCCCCUAUCGGUCGAGACUCGCUCGGACCGUCCGACCGCGACUUUGACCGCAUAGCCAGACACAUAAACCGCUUUGACCCACGGCCCGGCAUGCCUGCGAACACCCGGUCAUACCUCCGCGACGUUGACUUCCACACUGACCGCAUACCGUCCGCAUCUCAAGGUGACAAAAUAUUCUUGAUUAGACUCACGUCCAAUAGAGAAGUGAAUGACUUCAUCGAAAGGCAACCAAAGGCCAUACAAUAUGACUACAAUGAGCUCUGCAAAGCCAUCCUGGCAGAAUACUCAGACUACGGUGCCUCCGGGACCCUCACGGCGGCUAUGGCAGUCAAACAAACUCACAACGAGCUUGCGGACUGCUACUACCACAGGUUGAGACAAGCCUACUUCGGCAACCAAAACUACGAAGGGAUGGAGGAAGAUAAAAACUUCAAGGCCCUAUACAUCCAAAACCUCCACCCCAACCUUAGCCAACUACUAGGCGUGUACGCCUGCCCCCUUACACAGGACAUUCGACAGCUGAAGACUGUAGUGGCAAGGGCACAGAGCAAACACUUACUCAAACCCCAAGUGAAGCCACAAAACCAGGCUACAGUGUACAGCGUGGACAAACACAUGGAACUUGAAGGCGCGCCAACCACCCAAAAACAAAAAUGGGGGACAGAUCGGAGGCCCCAAAGCAAUAACCAGCGACGCACAGACCCGAAGAACAGACAAUGGCACGACCAAAAGUCCACGCCAUUCGACGAGAACCGCACCGCCCAGCCGGACGGGAAAGACCGCGCACCGCAGCCAACUCCCCAAGAUCGCCCCGCUACAACCAUAAAUAAAGCAACCUUUCCAGGGAAGAACAAUCCCUCCUCCGCGCACUCCUGCGCAAAGCCAGGGAAAAAAGGCCAGACACUGCUGACCGUGCAACAGUCGGAGGACACCUACUUCGACCCACACGUCCUUCGGGACCUCCAGGACGAGGUAAGCGAAGAACCCAGAGACUCACACGCACAGAAUGUAAACGCCCACUACGACCAGAGGGACGUCAUGGUGAUACAGGUAAACUCCAUCACAGACUCACGAAGGGAUUGCCCCUCGACGAUCAACUGCGACCCACCGUUCCACCAGUUCAUUGGAGAUCUACAACAAAAAGGUACCUACGGGAAACUCUACUUGCCCGUGACGCUUGAGGACCAAUGGGAACACGAAGCGCUCGUGGACACAGCUGCCGAUAUCAGCCUGAUUGGCGACGAUCUCUUUGGUAAGUUACAGUCCCUGGCCAGAGAAGCCCACAAAGACCUAAAAACACAGCCGUGCGACUUGGAAAUACGACCCUAUUCCCAGGUAAACACGACCAUACGUAAAAUGGCGCUGAUGCGACUGACCGUGGGCCCCAUGACACUAGUCCACCCGGUCUACAUCUCCCCAUUCAACGCGCAUCCACUCCUACUGGGCCAGGACCUCCUAAAUCGGUUAAAACCCAUAAUAGACUUCCAACGUCUAAAGAUCUGGGCACAAGUCCGGGAGCCCUUACCCAUCCCACGCCCGCUGGGUGAGAACCACUGCUACUUCAUAGAAGCGCCGCCUGCAGACGACCUACAGCCCGCCGCGGCACAAACCAAAACCGGUCAAGGAACGCCCACAAUCUGCGCGAUCGGUCGGGCAAACGCCGCUAAAAUGGACCCGACACAAGACGCCGCGCCCACGCGCACAACCCCCGACUUCGACAGGAUGUCCAGGGAGGCGCACAAGGAUGACGUCAUGGACGCGCCUCCUUUUGGAUAA